AUGCUAGUCGUAUGGCGAGUACCCGCAUUCUCCCUUCCACGAAACACGGCGAGAACUUCUUCUAGCCUAGCAGCCAUCAAUUCACGAGAACUACGCUUUCACAGUGGUGGCACGAGGAAUGGGAGCACCCCCGCUGGGGAUGGCGCUCAUCAUCAACAAUCACCCUAUUUCACGGCGUCCAUGCCCGAGGUACUGGCAGCUUCCAUGUCCAACUACUUCUUUUCCAAGGCAGUGGGUACCACCAGCCAGUUGCUCGCUGUAGCUGCUGUGGAUGAGGAGCAACGCCUGUCUACUACUACACGGCGAUCCAAGGUUUCUUCUACCGGUGCUGCUGCUGUGGCAGAGGUGGCUCCAGUCGUUGCACAACGCCAAGUGUUGGUGACGCAUCAUCAGACUACGACGGUACGAGCCAGGAGUACCAAGAGUAGUGGAGGCAGCACGGGUGGUGGGGAUGAUGACGACGACGACGACGAUAAUGGUCAACAACAACAACAACAAUGGAACACGUUCUUGAAUCGUCUCAAUCAGCACAUGAGCGAUGGCGCCGUGGCACAGGAUGACAAUACCAGUCUUUUGCAUGAAAACAUUUACCGUCAACCCGCGGGCGCGUUUAGCAAUGGCAACAACGGCAGAGAACACCCACCACCUCGACAAGGAUAUGGCUACUCGAUUCAAUUGACAGAGGAUGAAAAGGCACUCUUUCAGCUGCUACGAAAGGUUCAUGCCGAAACGGGGUUGACCACCACACUGAGAGUCGCCGGGGGAUGGGUGCGGGACAAGCUCUUGGCAACACCCGAAUUUCAAAUCUUUCAUCGAUUCCAUACUCAUAACAACUGUCAAAAUGACGACAACAACCCAUACAACCGUCUCACGAGCAAGUUCAAGCAACACUCUACUGGUUACAGAACCCCCUUGGGACAGGCAUCCAUGGGAAGACAAGGGACCAAGGUCGUGGCGUCGACAUCGUCGUCAAUCAAUACACUGGGACUAGUCAGUGACGCACAGAAUGGUCCCGUCGACAUUGAUAUUGCUCUCGAUACCAUGCUCGGUAGGGAGUUUGCCGAUCACCUCAAUGAGUACCUGCAAGAUCAGGGAGAAGAAACUAUUGGAGUCGGCGUUGUCCUCAAGAAUCCAGAAAAGUCCAAGCAUCUCGAGACGGCAACCAUGAAGGUUGGGACCUUUUGGAUUGAUUUUGUCAAUCUCAGAGCCGAAGAGUACGCGGAAGAUUCACGAAUUCCAGAUCUCAUGCGAAUUGGGACCGCCAAGGAAGAUGCCUUUCGUCGCGAUCUCACCAUCAACUCGUUGUUCUUCAACAUCAACACGGGUGAAGUGGAAGAUUGGACAGGCCGAGGCUUUGCCGAUCUCCGAAAAGGGAUCGUGGCAACGCCCCUGGCGCCAUUGACCACCCUUUUGGAUGAUCCUCUCCGUGUCUUGCGAAGCGUUCGAUUUGCCGCACGCCUGCGAUUCAGCAUGGGCGAGGAAUUGGUGGCCGCUGCCAAGGACGAUCGUGUGCGAAUGGCACUGGCGCAAAAGGUCUCUCGAGAACGUGUCGGUGGAGAACUCGAUCUCAUGUUGCGAUCGCCAGAUCCUGUGGGGGCGAUGCGAUUGCUCCGGAAUCUGAAUUUGAUCGACACGGUCUUCCCCGCCGCCUCCUGUUGGCCUGGUCAAGUCACACGAGAAACCUUAAUUCCUCUGUUUGAUCAGUGUCUCAACCUGUUGUCCACGACACAUGAUCAUCUCUAUGAUUGCAAAGUGACACCGCCCAUUUGGUGUCAAUCCAAGAAGCUCUUGACGACGAACAAUGUUGCUGAAAUGACCUUGACCACUGAUGAAGAAGCCCGUCGAUUGCUGUGGUACGCUUCCUUUUUGAAGCCCAUUCAUGACCGUGCCGAGGCUCUCAAGCAGCUACAGAUGCAGGCACUACAAGCCAAGUCACCAGGCAAACGUGCCGGGAAGAAGGCCAACCGAAGCAUUAUGAGCAAGUUGCUGGUGGACGAGCUCAAGCGCCCUGGCCGUGAUGCCGAUUCUGUGGAAAAGAUCAUGUCUGCUGCCAAUGAUAUCACCAAGCUGAUUCAAAGUGGAUCCGAUGUCAGUGCCACUUUGAUACUGCUCAGUGAUGUCAGAGUGAGAGAGAACAGCAGCACCGGAUCACUAAUGUCCUCCAUGCGUGGUCAUCGCAUUGAUUCAGUGCUGGAAGAUGAUCCAGUUUGGUCUCAUGCCAUGGAAUUUCGUUUGAUGUGCUCUCGGGUGUUGCAAAGAGUCGGACCCUUGUGGCGCGCCGCUCUGUUCCUGUCCUUGUCGGAGCAAUUGGCAUCCUUGAACGAUGGAGAUCAUGACUACGUUAUCGAGGGCGAUGUGCUGGAUGAAAGCAAAGAAGAACGACGACAGGGCAUCAUUGAGCAAUAUGACGUAUUCGCUGCUGCUCUACAGCAGAUUGGACUUAUUGGUAUCUGGGGCGCCAAGCCCUUGAUUGAUGGACAAGAAAUGAAGGACGUUUUGCCAUAUAUUCCCCGUGGACCCGCCUUUCGUGAUGUCAUGGACGAACAAGAGCGAUGGAUAGUGACACACCCGGGUGCCAGCAAGGAACCCCUGGCGCAGCAUCUGGCCGCUGCAUUUCCAGAGUUCACAAUACCACCAAAGGAUGGCUCAUCCAGCAAGAAGCAAAAGAAGAAGAAACCCAAAAAGGAGGUGGAAGCAAAACCAGAGACUGGCAAUGAAAAAGCAUGA